UUGCGUGGAGGUCGCGUUCUAUCUGGAGUGCGCACGAGUCAAAGCAAACGAGCAAGUGAAACGAACAUUAAAUGUGCAUACUCAAUAUACAUACAUAUGUAUACAUAUAAGUACAUUAAUAGGAGUGCUAUAUAUAAUUAUAAAUCGUGGGGCAGAAUAUGUCAAAUCGUGUCAAUCAAUAAUACAAACAGACUACACAGUGAGAUGUAGCGGAAUUGCGACGGAACUUAAAAUUUUUAGAGGAAAAUGAUUAAGCAUGUAAUUGACAAAAAAUUUAAUGAGUAUGUGUUUGAUACAAAAUGCAAAUUUCAUUUUUGUCUGAAGUUGUUUGAGCGAAUUGACUACUGAAAGAAGAACGAAAAGCUAAAUAAACAGUGCGAAUAAGUUGAUAUGAUUCUCUUUUGUGGUGAAUGCCAAUCCGUUGUCACCAGAACCUGAUGAAUGUAAAUAUAAGUAUACACUUUGAAUAUAAGUAAAUAUGUAUAAGUACUCGUACACCCAAUGAUAUUAUAAAGCAGUCAUCAAUUGCAGUGCCUAACGACAACAAACAGACUUUCUUAUCAUUCAUCAACAUCUGCACUGUGAGAUCUCACCACGCCUGUUGAGCAAGCAAAAGCAGCAAUCACAAACCGUUUGGCGACGGUAAUGAUUUUGUGAUGUGUAAAUCACUAUAUACAAAACAAAUCUGUAAUACAACAGAGAUUUUUCAUCAAUUAAUAAUUACGCUAACUUCAACAGUAGCGGUGAUAGCUGUGCCAAUAGAUCAUGGAUAAAUUGUUAUAGUUUAUAACCGAAUCAAUAACAACAAAAUAUAAGCAGAUCGCAUAACAGUUAUAAAAAAUUUGAUUAUUUGCGCUGCCAUUAUUAUCAGAUAUUGCAGGUUUUACUGCUAUUAACAUCGGUCUUAGUUGUCCAAAAAAUGAUCAGUGAACAGUCUCUAACGCUGGCUUUUCGUGGUGGAUUUAGUUUAAUCGAUAAGCAAUUGAGGGGUGUUGGUGCAAAUCCGAUUACUUCCUCUUCAACCACAAGGGCUGUCGCCUAUCAAUAUUUGGACUUAGCAGCGUCAUCGGAGAUCAGUAAUGUAUUAAAUAUGGAGUCAGCGGCAAGUAGUACAAUUAAAAAUUGUAACACUAAUUCAAAUAUCGUUAACCGGAAUAACUGCAGUAAUAAUAUAAACAGCAAAGUAAUGAUUAAUCAAGUGCCUAAUGCUCUCAGUGUUUCUGCUGGUGGUGUAGCUAAUGCAAACAGUUCUUAUCAGAAACAUUGCCCCCAAUCGGAAUCAUUGCAAACAAAUCCUCAAAAACAACAAACAGCUCAAAAGAAACAACUACAAAAUAACUCUAACAAUGUGAAGAGUGAAAGACUUAGUCCAGGCACUAACGGAGAUCAUCAGUCAUCAAUAUCGAGAUCCCGAAGCACCACACCUUCAUCGUUCCGUGGUCCUUCGCCACAACAAAUUUCUUCAGAAGCCCUAAUGCCACUAACUUCGCUCUUACGUAUUCAAGAAGUCACGUCUGGGCAUCAAACUCCUUGCGUUACUGCCGCUAGUACCGAUACAGCUAAUUUAGGAAACACAACGACUGUGUUCCAGACAGAUUUCUCGUCGAGGAACUAUUCCGAUAUUAUGCGCAGUUUAGCAGCGAAAUAUAAUGAUGUCAACGCAAUAAACUCCAUUUCGACUCGUUGUAAUCCAUUUUUUGAUACUACAUCGCCGACUUCUUCUAUUCCUAUUGUCAACAAAAAUGUAAAUCAGAAAAGUGGCAAUAGAAACGUUGUUGGAGCUUUGUCGGGUCCCUUGACGAGUAAAGAUGCAUCGCCUCAAUUGAUACCUCGAUUAUCCAUGUCUCAAGGUGAUGUAGCGGUAGCGGCUGCAGCCGCUUCGUUUCUAAGUAGUCUUCCAUUCUCACAAAAUGUAUGCCUCCCAAUGAUCGAUAUGAGCAGUACUCAAGCGUUGAUUACUUUGGCGCGUGCAGCUAAAGAAGCAGAGGUACAGACCAUACUUCGCACCUUCCAGCAAGACUCGAAACAAAUGAACUCCAAUUCAAUCUUAUCGCAUCCUAACCUUGGUGUAGCAUUGCAACAAGCCGCUCAAUAUGUAUCUCCUGCACUCAGUCUUCCUGUGCUGCAGAAACAGCAGCAGAUUGCACCUUCACAACAGUCUAGUCCUCUACAUAAAUUAAUAUCUGCUUCGACUAGCUCCACUAUUUCAACAUCCAAAAGAAAAUCAACAGCUCCCUCAAGCACAACGACCGUACCGCUUGAUUUGAGCUCUCAACCACCAGCGACUAAAAGAUUUAAGGUGGAAUUGAACACAGCAAGUCAAAGUAACGAAUCAUAUGGGUUGAAUGUAUCUAUGGGACGUGUGUCAUCAAAUGAAAUAAAAGUUUCCUCAUCACCAAUAUCUGAAAACAAAUUUGUCACUGAUUCCACGAAGAAUAAUGCCCGCUUGUCCUUUUCACCAGAACUAUCCACACCAUGCAAUACUGCUAUUCUAAAAUGUCAAGCUGAAAGUGUGGAAAUUGCCCAAUGGACAGUGGAUGACGUGUGCGCUUUUGUAGGCGAUAUUGAUAUCUGCGCGGACUACGUUCAGCAUUUUCGUGAUCAAUGCAUUGAUGGCAGUGGAUUACCCUUGCUAACUGAAGAUCAUUUGCUUAAUUCCUUGGGUAUGAAAUUAGGACCCGCAUUAAAAUUACGGUCAAAAUUAGCGAAGAGACUCGGUGGUCCAUGCCCAUGUGUGGCAUGCAUUACACGAGCACGGCAAAUGCUAGUUUUACAAGCAGAAUCUAUGAAUGAUCAACCAAAGACAGCUAUAACAAUGUCUACCGAGUGUUCUCCAACAGAAAUUAGUACUAUAAGAUGUGAGGAAAGUAUUGAACUUCCCAAACUCAAAGAUACAAUUGAUUCAACAAAAGAAACCUUUAAAAAUAUACAGAAGGGUUCGCAAAAUCAGCAGUUACUUGGGGAAGGACGAGAAACGAAGAGAUGCAGCAUUAAUGACAAUAAUGAAAGAACCAACAAUUGUAGCUCACUUAAAGUACAAAUAUGCGCCAACAUAUAUAAAAAUGAAGCAAACAACAACCAUCACAACAAUGACGAAGUAAAUGUUGAGAAUUUUAUUACCGGAAGAAACGUUAAUGACAAAACAUCUGGUUACGUUCUCAAUACCACUUUUAAACAACAAUCUAAUGAUAUCUGUUUAAGUAAUAUAAAAAGUUCUUCUAACAGCAACGUCGCACUGGGAAGUCAGAUUGGAAAUUUAUCAGAAGAAGAGACAACAUUUUAUCAGUUUUUGAAAAUUUUUUGGAGUAAAAUAUGUAUAAAAAAAACAAAACUCUAACACUCUCAAAAACCUAGCAAUAGUUGUUAAUUUUAAUUUUCUCUUAAUAAAUAUAGUAAAGCAUAAAAUGUGUAUAAUAAUAGUCAGUCCAUUUGUGCAUGUCGCAGUAAGAAUUUUCAUAAUUUGUAGUAAGGCGAGCAUGCCGAUAACUUUUAAUUUAAUAGUAGAUUUUACAUCUCUACCGAUUGCAUAAAUCUUACAAAAAAUUAAAUUGAGAAUUUAUUAGCUAUUAUUAAGGGCGGGUAAGGUUUUAAAGGUCAACAAAGAAAUUUUUUACGAAUUUAUUUCUUAUAUAGAUUGCGUAAUUUUAUUCGGACCUUUUGCACAUUAUAGAACAUACUUUUGAGAAUCUAGGGAAAUUUUUUCAUGCAGAAAUAUUGAAGCAUAAGCCGGUAACAGAGUUUUUCGUCUUAAGAAAAAAUCACUUUGCGGUGGUCACCAUAACUCGGCUGAAAAUUAUCCGAAAAUAAAAAACCAAGAAAAAUUAGUCAGGUUAAUCAAAUCGUCCCCCUAUCGUUCUCUGAUAAUUUUUCUUUCAUUUGCCGKCAAUUUAAAGUGAAAAAACAAAAAAUUUUAAAAACGAGGAGGGCGAGGUAUUUUAUGUGUCAAAAAUGUCUACAAAGUUUGAAAUGAAUCGGUAAGGUAGUUUUGAAAUGACAGAAGUAGUUUUGAGAAAAACGUGUCUAAAAUUUAUAAACUAAAAAAGUGAGAAUAUACCCUAUAUUGUCAAAAGUGUGCUCAAUAAUGAACGAAAGGUCCGAAUAAAAUUUCUCGCAAAAAAGUAAUUUUUUCUUACCAUUAAAACUUUACCUCCCCUCUUUAAGCAAAAUAACUAAUCAUAGUACUUUUAAAAUUUGACGAUGAAAAAACAAAUAGAAUAAAUAAAAUUCGAGAGCGAAUGGAUGUAGCAUAAUUGUAAAAUAUAAAUGUAAUGUAACAAUAACUAAAGCACUUUUAAAAAUGUUCGCGUUCAACUACAAACGAGACUACGAAAUUUUCACUGUUCAGCCGUUUAAUAAAUGUAAAUAUUUACAUAUAUAAAGCAUUUAUAUCUACUCAUAUUUAUGAGUCGUAAAGAUUUCAUAAAUCAUAAAUUUUGAUUUCCAGUUUUUUAAAUAGUAUAUUCUUUUAUAUUGGUUGCUCUUCAUUGAAUGUACAUUUAGCAAUAUAAGUGAAUAUUAUAAACAACAAGAGAUCAAAGUCUUCCACUGAUAUUGUUAUAAAUAAAAUAUUUAAGCAGGAAUCU